UGAAAAUUCCUGGGAAUCGGAAUAGGCUACUGCAAUAUACUUGGGAAUCUCUGAAGCACAUUCAGUCACUGUUAACUGCAACAACCAAAACAAAGAAGCUGGUGUCUGCGUCAUCAUCAUCAUCAUCAUCAUCAUCGUCAGAGUUAUGUAUCAUGUAGCAUGUAGCAUGUGGAGAGUGUUAUUAAAUAACUUUGUGAAAACAAUGCGGCCGCACGCGCAGGUCAUACAAAUCAUCAAUUUUUCAUCGGUCAUCUCGCGGCUGAUGGUCGUGACGUAGAUGGUGAGCCUCAGCUUGUGGCUUCUAGAUGCUUCGCCGUUUCAGAGGAUGUGGCACCAAUCAAAUUAGUCUAAAGCAUGUACUAACCAAUCAGAGAACAAGAGGGCGGGCCGUAAGGGCAUCUCUCCUCUCUUAGCGCAUGUUCCCCUGGGUAGUCCGGUUGCUAGAUGCGGUGGAGGCUGAAGAACUCAGUAGAAUCCUCCUUCCCCAGGAUUAGUCUGGAAGAGUUGGCUAUAAACAGCUAGGCUUAUGUAACACGUAGUAAUUCUGUUAGCUUGGUUGUUGCUAACUAUUGUACGGUUCAAUUGUUAAGAAUAGACGCAGAAUCUGGCAGACGACGUGUCCUUUCGUUGUAGAUUAGGUUGUGUUUUUUUUCUUGAGAAAGGUGUACAAGGCACACAUAUCUGAAUAUUUACAUAAAAAAGAAAUAAGACACUAACAGGUGAAGCCUACAUCCAGACGAGAAUAUGUCAGUGGUGGGUUUUGAUGUGGGUUUCCAGAACUGUUACAUCGCCGUUGCUAGAAGUGGCGGAAUCGAGACCAUUGCAAAUGAGUACAGUGACCGAUGCACGCCGGCGUGUGUCUCUUUGGCCUCUAAGAACCGCACCAUUGGAAACGCAGCUAAGAGCCAGAUAAUAACCAACUUCAAGAACACGGUCCAUGGCUUUAAGAGGUUCCACGGCCGGGCCUUCGAUGACCCGUCUGUUCAGAGCGAACUUCCCCGGCUCCCGUACAGCCUCCACAAACUGACCAAUGGCAGUACAGGGGUCAAGGUGCGCUACCUGGAUGAAGAUAAGGUGUUCACCAUGGAGCAGGUCACUGCCAUGCUGCUGACCAAACUGAAGGAGACGUCAGAGAGCGCGCUCAAGAAACCAGUUGUGGACUGUGUCAUCUCUGUUCCUAGUUUCUUCACUGAUGUUGAGAGGAGAUCAGUGAUGGAGGCCAGUCAGAUCGCUGGACUCAACUGUCUAAGACUCAUCAACGACACAACAGCAGUGGCCCUGGCGUAUGGGAUCUAUAAGCAGGAUCUGCCGGGUCCAGAGGAGAAGCCGCGUAACGUGGUGUUUGUGGACAUCGGUCACUCUGCGUACCAGGUGGCCAUCGUCGCCUUCAACAAGGGCAAGCUCAAGGUGCUGGCGACAGCCUUCGACCCGUGUCUAGGCGGGCGGAACUUCGAUGAGGUUCUGGUGGAGCACUUCUGCGGGGACUUUAAGAAGCGGUUCCGCCUGGUGGUGCGGGAGAACCCGCGGGCCCUGCUGCGGCUCUACCAGGAGUGUGAGAAGCUCAAGAGGCUGAUGAGCGCCAACGCCUCCGACCUGCCACUCAACAUCGAGUGCUUCAUGAACGACAUCGACGUCACCGGCAAGAUGAACAGGGCUCAGUUUGAGGAGCUGUGUGCCCCUUUCCUCGGGAGGAUGGACGCCCCUCUCAAAGCCGCCAUGGAGCAGUCAAAGCUGAGCAGAGAUGAUAUUUAUGCGGUGGAGGUUGUGGGCGGAGCCACUCGGACCCCGGCCAUAAAGGAGCGGAUCUCACGCUUCCUGGGGAAGGACAUCAGCACCACACUCAACGCAGACGAGGCAGUCGCCCGGGGAUGUGCUUUACAGUGUGCCAUUCUGUCUCCAGCGUUCAAGGUGAGAGAGUUCUCCAUCACUGACGUGGUUCCGUUCCCCAUCACUCUGCGCUGGAAAUCCUCAACGGAAGAUGGAGUCGGUGAGUGUGAGGUGUUCGGUAAGAACCAUGCGGCCCCCUUCUCCAAGGUCAUCACCUUCCACAAGAGGGAGCCGUUUGAUCUGGACGCAUUCUACAGCCUCCCCCAGGAGCUGCCCUAUCCCGACGCCCGAAUAGGUGAAGCCCCUCCCCCCAGCCCUCCUACUACCACAGCGGACCAAUCAGGACAGUCCUGUGAAGGUGCGUGUGAACGUCCACGGAAUCUUCACCGUGUCCAGCCUUGCUCAUGGAAGCGACAGGCAGAGGGCGCGCCGCGACCUCCACAUGAACCACCGGAACCCAUCGUGCAGAACGAAGAACAGAGUCGGAUGCAGGUGGAUCAGGAGAACACAGAGACGUCUCCAGAGGAAGGGGCGGUUCCAGCCAAUAAGGAGGGUGUGUCUGGUGAGCAGGUUGCCGUGGGAACCAAGCCCAAGGCCAAGGUGAAGAGUGUGGAGCUGCCCAUUGAGAUGACGAGCAGAAAACUGGACCAACACACACUCAACAACUUCAUCGAGUAUGAGGACAGUGGGCGUGUGUCUCUGAUGCUGGAGGACACGGAGAGCUGGCUCUAUGAGGAUGGAGAGGAUCAGGCCAAGCAGGUGUACCUGGACAAGCUAGUGGAGCUGAAGCGGUUUGGAGAGCCCAUUGAGGGCAUGACCGUGGCGGAGAGGCCGUUUGGUGAUGAACUCGGACGGAAGAUCCAAACCUUCCUGAAGGCCAUAGAGGCCUACAAACAGAAGGACGAGCGCCUGGAGCACCUGAGCGCUGAGGAGAUGGUUGCCGUGGAGACGAAGGUGACGGAGGUCAUGGGGUGGAUGAGCAGCAGGAUGAACGCCCAGAGCAAGCAGCCAAUCACGCAAGACCCCGUCGUCAAGGCAGCAGACAUCAUCUGCAAAAUACAGGAGUUGGACGAUGUGUGUGGCCCAGUGGUGACGCGGCCGAAGCCCAAGGGGGAGGAGCCUGCUGAGGGGGCCCAUAACGGCCCUCAGCAGUCAGGUGGCGACGCCAAGUCUGGAGGCUCCUCCCACCAGCCUGCUGCCCCGGGGGAGAUGGAGGUGGAGUGACCCCCCCCCCCACCACCACCACCAG